AUGAAUGGAGUGCUUGUUGUAAUAAGACCAGGAAACCGAGGCAAGCUGUCAGACGGUAAGAAUAGCAGUUUGAGUAUUGAAAGCACGCCAGAGGAAGUUGGAGAACGAAGUGAGCCAUCACUUAAGGAAAAGGAGAGAAAGAUGAAAAGAACGAGAAGAAAGAACAAGGAUCCUCGGACUAUAGCGUCGAGGCUGGUGAUUUACGUUCGUCAACCACGUCAUUUUCUACUUUAUUAUGUACUAGAUCAGCAGCUCACCUCAGUCAUGGACACUACUCAAUUGAUCACUAACCUUCUUAGCGUAGGACUCCCGGAUAAAGGACUCACGAAAACGGUCUCUGAAAGUGACAUUAUGGAUGUCUUGGGUAAGGCCCGCGAAAUGUUUCUUUCUCAACCAACAAUGGUUGAACUUGACUCACCAGUGAAAAUAUGUGGUGACACUCACGGACAGUAUCCCGAUCUUUUAAGACUUUUCAACAAGGGUGGAUUUCCUCCAUUAUCGAACUACUUGUUUUUGGGUGACUAUGUGGAUAGAGGAAAGCAAAACCUUGAAGUGAUUCUACUUGUGCUAGCUUACAAGUUAAAGUUUCCGAAGAAUUUCUUUUUGUUACGAGGAAAUCACGAGUGCGCCAACGUGAAUCGCGCUUACGGAUUCUACGAUGAAUGCAUGCGGCGUUAUCAAAGCCAGCGAAUGUGGCAGUCAUUUCAGGAUGUUUUUUGCGUGAUGCCUCUGACAGCUCUCGUCGGCGAUAAAAUCCUGUGCAUGCAUGGCGGCCUGUCACCUCACUUGGAAUCGCUGGAUCAGCUCAGGAAUAUCCCCAGGCACGUCGCGCAUUAUUUUUUACAAUUUUUUUCUUUCUUUCCCGAUCAUGCACCCACUGAAGCGACUGGUGCAACUUUGGAGAUGGAUUUACUUUGGGCUGAUCCAGUAAUCGGACUAAACGGUUUUCAGGCUAACAUGCGCGGUGCUUCUUAUGGAUUUGGUCCUGAUAUUCUGGCCAAGUUCUGUCAAGUGCUCAACAUUGAUCUGGUCGCAAGGGCUCAUCAAGUUGUGCAGGAUGGAUACGAAUUUUUCGGAGGACGGAAGCUUGUGACCAUUUUUUCUGCUCCUCACUAUUGUGGACAAUUCGACAAUGCCGCAGCAAUGAUGACCGUGGAUGAAAACUUGCAGUGUUCGUUUGAAAUCCUUCGUCCGUCUGUUGGAAAGCCUCAACCGAAGAUUAUUCCCACUACCAUGGGUUCUCCAGGAGCUCCUGCAUGCCAAUGA